GUCAUAUGAUGUCCUCCCAUUCUCACCGUGCAUGCGUGGCUCAGGGAGCACGCAGCACGGCAAUCGGCAGUGCGCUGUCAGCACCACCUGCCAGUGCUCAUCAGUGCCUCGUGCCAGUGCCCAUCAGUGCCACAUCAAUGCCACAUAUCAGUGCCUACCAGUGUACAUCAAUGCCACAUAUCAGUGCCCAUCUGAGCUGCCUUUAAGUGUCACCCAUCAGUGCCAGUCAGUGCCACCUAUCAAUGCCAAUCAGUGCCACCUAUCAGUGCUGCCAAUCAGUGCCACCUAUCAGUGCAAGUCAGUGCCGCCUAUUAGUGCCAGUCAGUGCCAUCUAUCAGUGCGCAUCAGUGCCUCCAAUCAGUGCCUGUCAGUG